ACCACCACACAUAUUACAUAUCAUUGUAAUCUGCGCACUAUUUACUGAUAACGGUAAAUUAGAACACAAAUAGGAGGUAUCAGAGGACUAUUCACUGUUACAGUCUUAACCCUUACACCACAAGGAUAAUAUUAUGAAAUAAUGACGUUUUUCGUUUGAACGUUAAAAAUUUAGAAUUGAGAUUUGAGAAUUGCAAGCUAUCAAGUAUCUAUUUUUUUUUUAAAUUUAAUUAUUUGUGAAAUGUAAUAUUCGAUAUGCCACAAGGACGCCGUAAACUGCCUUUCAGUGGCAAACAGAAAAAGCAACAAUUACAAGAAAAAAAGAAAAGAAAACAGCUAAAUUCCGCAACUGGUGAUGAAUUUGGAUAUGAAAAAACAGAACACAAUUCUAAACCAGUAAAAGAACGGGAUACAGAACUUAACAUUCAAAGCAUUAAUCAGCAGCCGUUGCAUCGUGGUGGCAGAUCAAAUCCUAACCAGUAUGUACUACAGUUCAGACGUGAAACUGAAGAUGAAUUACGUAAGAGAAAGGAAGAAGCUAGAAAAGGGAUUAUUUUUGUCACCGAAGAAGAACUAGAAUUUAAUCCUGUUCCAUAUUUUAGUGGUAAUGAAUUAGGUUUUCCUGUCAGACCUAAAUGGAAUGCUGAAAUGACAAGGGAAGAAUUAGAUAAUCGUGAAUAUAGUUACUUCAAAAACUAUUUACAGUCUUUAAAACAAAGAAAUGAUUGGGAGCAAUUGAGUUAUUUUGAAUUAAAUCUUGAAACAUGGCGACAAAUGUGGCGAGUAAUGGAAAUGUCUGAUAUUCUUGUAUGGGUUGCUGAUGCCCGUUACCCUGCUAUACCUCCUUACCUAUUUACUUAUGUGUUGAAGACGUUAAAAAAAAAUUUGAUUAUAAUAUUGAACAAAGUAGAUCUGGUUCCAUCAGCAGUAGCUUUAGCUUGGAAGUAUAAAUUAAUCGAAACUUAUAAUCUAGAAGCUGGCGAUAAAGCAAAAGUACACGUAAUAUUCUUCACUUCGUACAUUAACAGUUCCGAGUUUAAAGAGGGUAUACAAAAGAAAAAACCCAGGGGUAAAUUGAAAAUGGCCGCAGAAGCUGCAGAAAGCUUGUUGAAAGAAUGCAAACAUAUCAUUGAAAAAUAUCAAGCCAAAAUCGAUUUGGAUAGCUGGGAGUCAAAAAUAGCUGAAGAAAAAGAACAAGAAUAUGAUAAUGAAGAGGACAUAGAAAUUGGAGAAACAAUUAGUACUGCUCCAGUAACCAGUUAUGAGCAUUUUGAUUUAUUUCAAAAUAGUUUUUUAACAAUCGGUCUCCUUGGACAACCUAACGCUGGGAAGUCUUCGGUGUUAAAUGCAUUGAUGGGAAAAAAGGUGGUGAGUGUUUCUCGAACACCUGGGCACACAAAGCAUUUUCAGACGAUAUUCUUAACCCCAACAGUUCGUUUAUGCGAUUGUCCUGGCUUAGUAUUUCCUUCCAAACUGCCUAAACCCAUACAAGUACUGAUGGGUUGUUAUCCUAUUGCACAACUACGAGAACCUUAUUCUACAGUGAAAUUUUUGGCUGAAAGAUUAAAUCUUGUAAAAAUAUUGAACCUGCAACAUCCUGAACCUGGGGAAGACGAGUGGUCAGCUAUGGACAUUUGUGACAGCUGGGCUAUAAAACGUGGUUUCUUGACUGCAAGAGCUGGCCGACCGGACACGUAUCGUGCUGCUAAUCACCUUCUUCGAAUGUCUCUCGAUGGAAAAAUUUGCUUAUCAUUGAGACCAGAAGGAUUUACACAAAAUAAAAAACGUUGGUAUUCAUCAGAACAUCUGAAAGAUGUUUGGAAAAUAAAAGGAGUUGUCGAAGAACCUGAGCGUUAUGAACAUUGUUCAGUGGAAGUAUCCGAUGACGAACAUGUACAAAACACAGAUGCAGUUACUCACAGCGAUACUAAUGAAGACGAUGAUGAAGACCUAUGCGAUAGUGACGAGUCAGAAGUUUGCGGUGCUAUUUCAUCUAAUAAAUUUGCUGCUUUAGAGAUGUCCGACUGAAUAUAACUUACAGGUUACAUGAAUGUAAUUUAAUUUUGAUGUUUUGUUAUUUUAUUCAUUUUUGUUUAUAAAAAUAUGUAUUCCCAAUACUUUUUUCCUUAUUAUAUUUAAUUGUGACUUGUUUGUUUUACAAGAUAUCACUUA